AUGACCCUUUUCACAGUGCUUACACUUUAUGUAUCUGUUGUCGGUGCACAGUAUAUGGGCUACGGUAUGUACGGAAUGACAGGGUAUCCAUACAACAUGAUGAUGGGCCAGUAUGGAAUGAAUCCAUUUGGCGGAGGAAUGACAGGAAUGUAUGGCGGUGGAUAUCCCUUUGGUAUGAUGGGAUACGAUGAUCCCACAGGCGUUAAUCCGUAUGCCAUGGGAAUGGGAUAUGGAGGAUAUGGAAUGUAUGGGAUGAAUGGUCUGGCCGGUAUGGCAGGCAUGAAUGGAGUGAACGGAUUGAACGGAAUGAACACCAUGAAUGGAAUGAAUGGAAUGAGUAACACGAAUGGAGCUGGAACGAUCAACAACGGUAACACGAGGUCGAGGACUUCAGGUUCAAGAACACGAUACGGCAACAAUCAGGGAUGUGGUGGAGGUGGUGGAUGUAAUACAGGUGGAAACGUGGACUUCCCCAUUCCGACCACUUUCGCCCCAUUCAACGGUGGUGGUAUGGAUGAAGUGAUAGCUCGGGAUAGAGCCGCCUUCAUUCGACAACUAGAAACAAGCAAUCCUGAGACCAAGGAUAUACCGAUCGACAACGACGGUCGCACUGCAAUUCUGAUGGCACACGCACCGUCACUGGAUCACCUUCUGAAGUCUUGGCGAAAGAGGAUCGAGAAUGAAAGACGUGAUCUGAAGGAGAAAAGGCGACAACAAAAAGCUGAAAGACGUGAGGCUCGCCAUCAAAGGAGAUCAGGGUGCCAGAAGCGUAGAAAUCGUAGCCUGAAAGGACCGAAAGGAAAACGUUGCAAAAGUGGAAAUGCUAUUGAAACUCAGAAUCCGCCUAUGCAACAAGAUUACAUCGAUGUGGACGUCGAGAUGGGCGUAGUGAAGGAAGAGGAUCCGUACACUGAUCAAGAUUAUGGCUUACCUUAUCCAAGAUAUGACAAAUUUGUAGGAGAUUUCGGCACUUUGGACGACUCUAUGCAACAAUAUGAUCCUAACAAUUACGAUUGGGGACCACCACUGUUCUAUGAAUUGGAUUCAUAUUCUGAGGACGGUGAGGGAGUGCUUGAUUUUGGAAACUCUGAUGAUGAAGGACCCAUCGUCGCAGGGGAAGAUUGGACGCGAACUCCAGCACGAGUGAUUAAAACGGAGCCUCUUUCUCCAAUGUCAUCGCCUCUUAAACGAGUACCCAUACAGAAGACGCCUCAGUCAACGCCAACCGCUCCCCUACAUCUAUUCAAACAGGAAUCACCUUCUCCUGUGCCGUCCAAUCCUGAGCCGGUGUUCAUACAGAAGCCGCCAUCAUCUUCUGCUGGGCGUGUAAUCAAACAGGAGCCGUCUUCUCCAGUACAGACUGCACCAGAACACUUGUUCAAGCAGUGAAGAGAACAAAUUUAAAAGAGGGUCGCAACCACUCGAUGUCAACAUUUGUGGAAAAGGAUGACUUGGAUGCUAUGUUGGAGAUGGAGCAGCAGCUUGCUUCAAUUCAUGGAGUAACGUCGGAUCAAAAUAACAUUAGUCACGACGACGUAA